AUCGUCAUCCUCAUCAACCGGGCUUGCGACUUCUCGACCUUACAACAACACAUUCUCUUCUCUUUCUCAUCCUCAUCCUCACGUCUCCUUCGAUUCAUCUGUGCAUUGUCGAAUGAUUGAAGCAUCGCAUUGGUGUUUGUCUACUUAAACAUAGCAUCCAGCAUCAUCGUCGUCACCGUCAUCAUUAUCAUCGUCCAAAGCCAGCCCUGUCUGUUCUCAAAUGCACUGACAGCACCACUCUGCCGCACAGCCUUUCGAAUCGCAUCAUAGCAUCUGCAUUGCAGCAUUCAUACCACGCCAACUACUUCACUCACGGACCAGCCGUUUGCGACUGCACUUCUACAACAGGUAGAUCACGUCGUAGACAGAGGAGCCCCGUCGCUGGAUUGAGGCUGCCCUCUCCCCCCCUCCUCCUCCUCCUCCUAGAUAUAUUCAUACCCCUUGACCCGACAUUUCCGGAAGUCACCAGCUAUUACAAUGCCGUCGCGAGCUUCAAAUGGCGGGCUCGUCAUAGAGUAUAUCCCAGACCGCCUCUACCUCGGUUGCUAUAACGAAAAGCCCACAGCGAGCACCGUGUUCCCAUACUCGCAGUCACAGAGUCAAGGAUCCCCGAGCAAGCGUUCUCAGAGAGCCGUAGAUGGCCCAUUGGCUGCGCCCACGAAAUCCUCACGACAAACACCCUACUACUUUAGUGUAGACGACACUCUCCUCUACAACGCCUUCCACCAUGACUUUGGCCCGCUGCACAUCGGUCACCUCUACCGCUUUGCCCUCCAUUUUCACGAUGUCCUAGGCGCCAAAGAGAAUGAAUCCAGGCCUAUUGUUUUUUGGAGCCGUGCUGACCCUAAAUCUCGAGCGAACGCUGCGUGUAUGCUCGCAUGUUACAUGGUUUUGAUUCAAUCAUGGCCACCUCAUCUAGCCCUAGCACCCAUUGCCCAGGUUGACCCGCCCUUGAUGCCCUUCCGUGACGCUGGCUACAGUCAAGCUGAUUACGGCCUUACUGUUCAAGAUGUAGUCUAUGGUGUAUGGAAGGCCAAGGAAGAGGGUUGCUGUGCGCUGGAUAACUUUGAUCUUGAUGAGUAUGAGAGAUUUGAACGAGUUGACCAAGGCGAUUUCAACUGGGUCACUCCCCACUUCCUUGCAUUUGCCUCUCCUCAGCACACUCCCGUCGCUCGUGUUCCAGAGUCUUCGGACGCGUGGGCUGCGCUGCCCAAGACUCUUGCAGAGGUGGAUCUCCACCCAACUCUACCGCAGCCUUUCAAAAAUGUGCUCCGACACUUCUCCGAACGGAACAUUGGACUCGUAGUCCGCCUCAACUCCCCUCUUUACUCUCCGUCAUUCUUCGAAGCCCUGGGCAUCAAGCAUCUGGAUAUGAUAUUUGAGGACGGCACUUGCCCACCUCUUAGCACCGUCCGAAAAUUCAUCAGACUCGCACACGAGACAAUUACAGUCAAGAAGAAGAACAUUGCAGUGCAUUGCAAGGCUGGUCUUGGGCGCACUGGCUGCCUAAUUGGUGCAUAUUUGAUAUAUCGACAUGGAUUCACUGCUGACGAGAUCAUCUCCUUCAUGCGAUUUAUGCGACCUGGUAUGGUAGUCGGUCCCCAGCAACACUGGUUGCAUAUCAACCAAGGCGUCUUCCGAGAAUGGUGGAUUGAAGAGAGAAUAGAGCGCAAGCUGAGGAAAGAGCUACUUGCUGCCAACCCGCAGCCAAGCACGCCUAUUAGAGCUAUGCAGAAAACAUCACUAAGCCGAAACCCUGCCGCAUCUACACCGCCGAGUCGCAGCCCCUCUAACCGCACACCGCUUGGUGAGAUGGAUCAGGAGAGGCGCAAUGCUGGUAGUCAAGACGACUACCUCCCAGCCCCUACGCCAGGACAACCCAGAAAGACGGGGAGAGCUGAUCGUCAUCAUCCAUACCAGCGCAGUCAGAUCCAAACCACUGUCGAGGAAGAGGGAAUGGUUGGCCAGGAAACAGACACAAUCUGUGUGCAUACCGAAUCCAAUGAUUCCGUAUCAGAAGAGGAAUGGAUGCUUCGUAUGCGCAGCCGCCGGAAGAUAUCGCAGUCACCUGAACGCAGCGAGAAGACCCGGUCAUACAGCCAGACUACCACGACGACAAUUUACCAGGUCAUUGACAAUGAUGCUUCCAACGAUGCCGAAAACAUCGGCAGCGGUCGACCAAAAGCGUUAACAGAUCGCAUUCUGGGUUCCCCCACUCGCGCAGCAAGCGCUUCUGGUGUAUUGACUAAAGUCCGAAGCAGCAAGCGAACCCAAGACGCCGCUGCCCGAAGCAAGGAAUCUUCAGGGGUACGCAAGACGAGCGGGCGCGUCGGCAGCAUCAAUGCUACCGCAGGUACACACUCGGCUGUCCGCAAAGUCUCGGCCAUGUAGAACAGCCGUGACUUGAACAACCUGACUCGAACUUCUAAAUGAUCCAUCCAAACCAAUUCCAUUUCGCUUCCUGGUACUUUCUUGCGUAAAUCAACACUUGUUAAUACACCCCACGAUCCUCCUCACAUCUCGCGGACUGUUACUCACGAUGACGAUUUUAUUCCAUGCUACGACUGGAUCAUUUACAUCAAUCAACUGCAUAUUGCGUCGGCGUUUCUGACUUGAACAGGCAUACGGUACUUAUGGAUUUUGAGCCGUUCGUGCAUCCCCUUUUUCUGCUUCUUCGCACAACGAACAUUUUGGGCGGGAUCCAGCGAAUAGGCGACAUGCUUUAUGAGAACUUCUGAUGAAACAACAAUUUUCUGUUCUGCACUUUUUUAUGUGGCGUUUUACAAAGCUUGGGAAGGUUAGGCUGGGUUGGGAGGUUUUACAUGGGAUUGUCUUUUUCGUGUUUUUUUCUGGUUUUAUGUGAUGGUGCAGAGGAAGGAGGAAGGGCUGGUAUUGGAGUAAGAGUGCGGUGGUCGCUGUUGAAGUUGAAGGUGGAGUUGAGAGUAUACUGUUGGUGGAUAUCGUAUAUGAUGAAUAGCUCUUUUUAUGAUAUGUUUCUUGUUUGCUAUGAAUAAAGCAUAUGUUCAAAUCUUGUUGGUUUUGCUAUCUAUUGAUAUCUUCUGUACUUGUGAGCUACCUACAUUAUAAUUAACC